AUGGGAGUUUGUUAUUCCACUCACAAUUCUGCAGAUUGCUGUUGUGACGAUCCGUGCUGUGGUCCAAUUUGUGAUUGUUGUUGUGAUAGAAGAAGGUUCUAUCCUUGGGGUCCAAGAGUAAUUGGUCCACCACCUAUCUUACCUAUAUAUCCACCUGGUAAUAUCGGUAUAGGUCCUGGACCGAUCAUAAUUCAACCGACGCCUAUACCACCCCCGAUUAUCCCUUACCCAUCUACUAGAUCAUACUUCUCUCAAGUACCUGUCCACGUACCCAUAUCAAAUCACAAUACAUCUUAUCCACCGACUUCUCAAAAGGUUUACAGCUCGCCACCACAAUUACCGAGAUAUCCUUCGAAUCAGCAACGACCUCAACUCCAUGAUCAGCAGAGCUAUUUAGGUCCACCUGCUGAAUCCCCUGCUGCCGUUCGUCCAACUCACAGAUCAAGCUCAAGACAGUCAUACGAGCAUCAGCACAGAGAUAGAAGAUACUCAUUAGAAGAAAGAGUUACUGGAUAUUCACCUACUCCGCAUCACAGACAUCUUACCCCCGAACCAUCAAGUCAUAGGCCGUAUCAUUAUAGAUCAGCGAGUACAUCUGAUCGUCUCCCAGACCACCAUCAAAUAGUAGUAUAUCAAGAAGGAGAAGGAUCAUCGUCGGAAGAAAGGCAAAAAUACUCAAGACCCAUUCAUAGAGGAUCAGCAAGUACCUCUGCUCAACCUCACCACCACCAUCAACAGCAUCAUCAUCGACAUCGUCAAAAGUCAAACGGUCAAGUAUACCUUUCUCUUGGUGACAACGUACCCAAUCCACCUAGAAGAUCGUUCGAUCAUUCAUCAAGAGAGCAUCCAGAUCGUCCACAACAUCGCCCUUCAUCAGUGCAACACUAA